AAAGAAUCGCUCGUCUUUCGCAUCACAAGAGUCGGCGCCGGGGUGGUUAAGAAACACCGCCGCGGGCCCACGGGCGAAAAUAGAAUUCUCGACGUCGAGCGCACGCGCUCGAGCCUUUCUAAACUGUAAACUUUCACGUUCCACCACAUAUCCAACGAUACACUGAACGUUUUUUUUUUUUUUUCACAGCGCUCGGGUUGACAUCGACGGCGAUGCGUUCAACCCGACUCGCGCUGUCGUGUAUUACCCAGACAGGGUCCCCCCCCGGACGCGACGAAACGAGCUCACGCGUCGUCGUCGUCGGAGUGCCAGGCUUGAUCCGCCAUCCCCGCGAGCGAGUUCGUCGACCCCUUCACCGUCGCGCUCUCCGUCUCCGUCGUGACGUCCGUCUCGGUCUCGUCGUCGCUCCCGUCCUCGCUGCCGCUGUCGUCCCACGCGUCCGGGAUGAACGCCCGCUCCUUCAGCUUCGGCCCUUCGUCGAUUGGCUCGCCGCCGCCGUCGCCGCCGCCGCCCCACCCCGCCAUCGACGGCGACAUCAAAGCCCCCAUCUGGAAGGUCUCCCCCGCGCCUCGCCCGCCAAUCUCGUCCAGGGAGCUCAUCCCCAUCGUCGCGAGUCGGUUCGCCGCCUCCGCGUCCGUCGCCGCGGCGCCGCAGAUGAGACCGUUUUCCCCAGCCCACGCGAGCCACGGACCCCACACCGUCGGCUCCCUUCGAAGCGUCGGCAUGUGCCCGACGAUAAUGAGGCCUCUCCUCGCGCGCGUCAGCAUGACGUUCACGCGGCGCGGGUCCGCCAAGAAGCCGACGUUGCCGUUCAUGUUCGCGCGCGUGCACGUGAACACGAUCACCUCCUUCUCGCGUCCUUGGAACCCGUCGACGGAGCACACCUCGAGGGCUUGGAGUGA